CCCCGCCCCUGCGUCCCGCGGGCGCCAUUGCCGCGGCCUGCGCUGGGCUCUGCUCUGCGUCCGCUGCGUGUGCAGGCCACAACAGUGACCUCUUCCCCUGUCAGCAUGGCCUCUCAAAAGGACAUGGACAAGAGGUGGGAGAAGAAGCAGCCAGAGAACAAAAUGAAGGAGCCAAAGUGCAGCCCCAAGGAUGAGAAGGAGGAGGAGAAGGUGGAGGAUGACAAUGCUGAGGAGAAUGACUAUGAGAACAAUGAAUAUGAGAGGAAGACUGAUGAGAAUGAAUAUGAACAGGAUGAGGAAGAGGAGGAGUAUGAGAAGAAUGGCAUCAUGGCAGCCCUCUCUGUACCACCCAAACAGAUGAAUCUGUGCCCUGAGUGUGGGCAGAGCUUCCCACCUGGCUCAGAGCUGGUGAAGCACCUCUGUCCCUACCCUGGCACCCGGCCCUUUAUCUGUGGUGACUGUGGCAAGAGCUUCACUACAAGCUCCAGACUAAUCCAGCACAACCUCAUCCACACUGGAGAGAAGCCCUUCACCUGCUCUGACUGCAGUAAGACCUUCCGCCACAGCUCUACCCUCACCAGACACCGCCGUAUCCACAGCGGUGAAAAACCCUACAGCUGUGUCGAGUGUGGCCAGAGCUUCCGCCGGAGGAGCCAUCUUAACGUCCACCAUCGCACCCACACUGGUGAGAAGCCUUUCACCUGCCCUGACUGUGGUAAGAGCUUCAGCGAGAACUCGACCCUCAGCAGCCACCGCCAUACCCACACUGGCGAAAAACCCUUCACCUGUGCUGACUGUGGCCAGAGCUUCGGCCACAGGAGCCAUCUCAUUGUCCACCGUCACACCCAUACUGGUGAGAAGCCCUUCACCUGCCCUGACUGUGGUAAGAGCUUCCACCAGAGUGCCAACCUCAGCAGCCACCGCCGUAUCCACAGUGGUGAAAAACCCUUCACUUGUGCUGACUGCGGCCAGAGCUUCGGCGACAGGAGCACUCUCGUCCGGCACCAUCGCACCCACACUGGCGAGAAGCCUUUCACUUGCCCUGACUGCGGCAAGAGCUUCAGCCAGAUUUCUGGACUCACCCAACACCGCUUCACUCACACUGGAGAGAAGGCUUUCUCCUGCCCUGACUGUGGCAAGAGCUUCAGGAUGAUCUCUACCCUCCGCAAGCAUCGUCGUAUCCACACUGUAGAGAAGCUGUUCCCCUGUGCUGAGUGUGGCAAGAGCUUCACCACAAGCUCUGAUUUCAUCCGGCACCAACUCAUCCACAGUGGUGAGAAACUGUACAGCUGUGCUGACUGUGGCAAGAGCUUCUGCCGGAGUGACAAUCUGACCCAACACCGCCUCAUCCACACUGGUGAGAAGCCCUUCAGCUGCCCUGACUGUGGUAAGGGCUUCAGCCAGAACAGCUACCUGACCCGACACCGCAUCAUCCACACUGGUAAGAAGCCCUUCACCUGCCCAGACUGUGGUAAGAGCUUCAGCCAGAUCUCUACUCUCCGCAUCCACCGACGCAUCCACACCAGAGAGAAGCUGUUUCCCUGUGCUGAGUGCAGCAAGAGCUUCACCACAAGCUUGGAUUUCAUCCAGCACCAACUCCUCCACAGCAGUGAGAAACCAUACAGCUGCACCGACUGCGGCAAGAGCUUCAGUCAGAGCUACAAUCUAACUCAACACCACUGCACCCACCCUGGUGAGCAGUCCACACAGCAGGGGAUGCACAAAUAGAUCCACCCAGGGUCUGUUGGGGUAAUCCUGAUCCCUCUGCAAAGAUCUUCUAACUUUUCCCUUGGCACACAGAAGCAAAAAUAAGAUGACAGCCUUUUUCAAGCAACUCCUUGGUUCCAUCUUAGUUUCUUUUGGGGGAUCCCUAAAAGAACCUUCUCUCCCGAGACAGCAGGUUGAGAGAGCAUAUUUAAGCUUUGAACCUCAUGACUGACGCUCACUCAAAUGGCCGAAGGGCACUGAUGAGGCAGCAGCCUUGCUGUUGAAAGCAGAGUCCACAGUAGAGCAGCAAGGCCACUGCUGGGGCAGUGGCAAUGUGUUUGUUUCUCAUCUUUUUAGGCCUGCUACUCUGGGGAAGUUAUGCUGGGGAGGUUGUCAUUUCUUUCUCCCUGCCUGAAAUUACUAUACAGAAUUUUGUUGUGCAAGCCCCCAAGGGGCUCUUUAACACUACUGAUCAAUGUCACUGGCACAUAACAGGCUUCAUGGAGUCUGAUGCCAUCAUGGCAUGGAAGUUGACAGCCCUUGUGUGGGGACACACUGUGCCCUGAGGUGGCCAGUCCCUGAGUGGCAGGAAGGAUCCAGGCAGAUUUCUAGGAUGGUUAUCACCCCCCAUGGCCUGGGACUUCACCUGAGCAAAGGUGAGGUGCCGGCGGAGCACCUGGGUACAAUGACUCUUUGUUCACCAAUAUGGUUAGAUGGUCACAGUCCAUUUAUUUCCGGUGUCACAGAGACUUACUGUCAUGGAGGGUAGCAGGCCCCUGUCGUGCAUGUUACAGUGUCUCACAUUGAAGGCCAAAGCAAUUGCAAAAACCCAAAACAAUACUACAGCACCCAUGAGAAGAUUCCUCCCUAGGAAGGGUAAAAGGUAAACAUUGGCUUUGUUUUGGUUUGGGAGGACCUUCGUUCUAAUGCCCGCUGACCACCUGUUGGGGGCUGAUCUCUGGGUGGUCUUACAGGUUGUUUGUGGUAAGAAUUGUCCAAUUGUAUGAGUUAAUUAUAAUUUGUACCAAUCUGUAAAAAUAACAUAAAAAUCACCUGAACUGGUUAAGCACUCCCCUCUUAAACAUUAUAAAAAUGGUGUGUCUGCUUUAAUCGGGAGCUCCUGCUCUCUAGCUCCUGUGCUCCUGUUGCCCCUGCGCUUCAGCUUCUGCCAGCUCCUAUGAUCUCUCAACCCUGCUGAACUUGCUCAGCACGGAAUCAACAACGUCCAAUCCUCGGAAAGUCCAGACAACGCCCUAAGCUUCAGUAAUACUUCGAAACUCUGCUGAACUGCUUGGAACAGUGAGUAACCAACAGACUCAUUAUUCAGAGACUGAGUGACUUCUCGAGACUCAAAGAACUCUCUUAAAAAUCAAAGACUCUCUUUAUUUAGCUGUUUCUACGACCGCGGACCAAAGAAUCUACGUGGGAUAGUCAUAAUAAGUUUGGGAAGGGGAUUUCUCGUGCUUUAGUAAUAAAUCAUUCAGUUUUCUUUUGUAUCGGCCUCGCAUGUUUUCCCCAUAAAUUUCCCCAAACGACAUUUUACGACACUUACAUGCCUUCUUGCAAGAGGCAUGCACAACUAAGAUUGGUUACAUAUAGAGGGUACAGGGUUACGUGUGAGGCAUACAUAGGCUGAUAUACAAUAGCAUUCUACAGGGGUCAGCCCUCAGGCUGGCCAACCCAGCCCCCUUGGGCUGGCUAACUCUGCCCACUGCAGCUGUGUGUGUGGGGUUCUACCCAGUGUCUGGUAUCUUAACUCCCAAGUUGGGCCCAAGGACACUUCUCAGCAUGGGUUGCUCAUAUUUAUCAUUUCAUGUCCUCUGCUAGCAAGAAAUUCACCCACAGUGAGAAACCCUGCUAGACUGACUCACCAGCUGACAGAAAGGUGCCUUACUCCAGUGAGAGCUAGCAGGUUCUUGCACUCUGCUGAGGCCUGGCCUGUGCUUACUAAGCCACAGUUCAGUAUGCUAAGAGGACUAUGGCUGAGGCAGGCACCCAAAUGUCACCUGAGGAUACCAUGGUUGAGAUGGUUUAAGUAUGCAAUUUAAGUCAUGAGUGUAAUUAAGAAGGGAUUUAAGUAUGAGAAUCAAAUGAGAUGGUGAAAUGUGUUGAACUGUGUGGAACCUAAGCAUGACACAAAUGGCAUUGAAUAAGGAGUGUGUCAUGGAAGGCCAAAAUAGGCCUGAUAUGUAUCCUGGCUUGUUCAGACAUGAUCUCCCACUCUCCCUCCUCCUGUACUGGAGUGGAGAGUAGUGUGGUAAAGAAGCUUGGAGACAUCAAGCCUGAGAACCCAGGGCUUGCUUAGACUUGUUUUGCUGUGGUAAACAAAGGACAUUUAUUGGCUUGUGUUUACCUUGUGCAUGGCCUGUACUUUCCCAUAUUUGGGUAAAGCAAGCCCUUGGCUUCACCUAAUUGGUUAGCUUUGGCAGAGUGCCAUUCGGAUUGGCCAAUCUCUGUGGCUGAAUGGAGCCAUCAGACUCAGACAAUUAAUAAAAUAGGAGUUGUAAACAA